GCCGCCUCCUAGGCCGUGCGUGCCGCCAUCUUGCCCACCGGAAGUUCCAAGAUGGGGCUGCGGCUCCUGAGCGCCGCGCUGCUCUUCGUGGGGAGCGCUCUCCCCUACUCCGGACACGACUGGCUCUCCGAGCGGACGGGGCGCCGCUCCUGGCGGGAGCAGGCCGGUGCCCCGGGCUGGCGUAGGGCCCGGCAAGGGAGGUGGAAGGCGCUGCAGGCCCCGGAGGACGGAGCGGCGGCCGCAGAGGGUUGCGGAAUAGCGCCACUUGCAGAUGCAUUGAAGGGGUCUCGGAUAGUAGGGGGCACAGCAGCUCAAAUUGGUGCAUGGCCGUGGGUAGUUAGCCUGCAGAUUCAGUCGGGAAGAAUUCUUGCUCACAUAUGUGGGGGAAGCUUAGUGAAAAAUAACUGGGUCCUCACAGCUGCCCACUGUACUAAGGACACUAGAGAUCCUUUAAUGUGGAGAGCUGUGAUUGGAACUAAUAAUAUAAACGUGCAUCAUCCACACUCCAAGAAGAUAAAAGUUAAGGCAAUCAUUAUCCAUCCAGGCUUCAAUUUGGAAACUUUUGUAAAUGAUAUUGCACUGUUUCAUUUAAAAAAAGCAGUGAGAUAUAAUGAGUAUAUCCAGCCUAUUUGUCUACCUUUUGAUAUUUUCCAAAAACUGGACCAAAACACAAAGUGUUUUAUAAGCGGCUGGGGAAGAACAGAAGAAGAAGGUAAUAUUACAGAUGUGUUACAGGAAGCAGAAGUGCAUUAUAUCUCUCGUAAGAUUUGUGGUUCUGAGCAGAGUUAUGGGAAAUUUAUUCCUAACACUUCAUUUUGUGCAGGUGCUGAAGAUGGGAUUUUUGAUACUUGCAGGGGUGAUAGUGGUGGACCAUUAAUGUGCUACUUUCCAGAACAUAAACGAUUUUUUGUAAUGGGAAUUACCAGUUUCGGAUAUGGCUGUGGUCGAAAAAAUUUUCCUGGUGUCUAUUGUGGGCCAUCCUUCUAUCAAAAGUGGCUGACAGAUCACCUGUACCGGGCAAGCAGUAAAAGUAUAUUUAACAUUAAUAUUCUACUUGGACAGGUCCUUGUAGCUUCAGGUUCUGUUGUCUUGCUAGCAAUUCCAUAAUGAAAUUCUGGAGAACCUCUAUUUUACAUUGUGUCCCUUUCCAUGUUCUACAUAAUGAAAAUCAUUUAUUCUUUUGACAAGUGACUGCCCACUUACACUUCUCAUGUGAACAUUUUUUGGAACAAAAGGAUUGUGACAUAUUAAAUAUUUGAUUAUAAAUUUGGCACUGAAUCACAUGCUUCUUUGAUGUAUUUUGAUUUUUUUUUAUAAUCAUAAUCUCACAUUUGGAAUACUUUCCUAGAGUUUGUAUAGAAUAUUCAGUUAUUAAAUAUAUACUUUAUGUAAAUAAAUACCAAAUAAAAAAGAGUUUAUAAUUAAAAUGAAA